AUGGAUAUCUUCUCGCAAGAGAUCAUCUGGAAGUUGAAGGAAAUAGCCGGAAUUCGGCCAAUACAGAUUUUGAUUCUGUCGCAACUCUGGAAGUAUCUUCGAAAUCAACAUCAAUGGUCGAAGUCCGCAAUGUUUCUCCAUAAAAAGAUGAGAACAGAGAUCCAACCUGUACUGAUGGAUCUUCAAGAGCUGAGCUUCGAGCAGAAACUGAUUAUACUGUUUAUGUGCUCAUGUGCCAUCGACACACAAAAACGACAUCUGUGA